CCCAGAAGAAACCCCUCGUCUCUCAUCACUCACAACAUCUCUCUCGCCCUCUCUCUCUAGAUCUCUCUCCCUCUCUCUCUCCGGGAAAAUGGCAAAGUUGUGGAUGAUUCCGGCGAUGGUGGCGAUGAUGUUCGCCGGGAAUGUCUUAUCAUAUGAUCGGCCCGCCGCCCGGAAAAUGAUCUACGCUCCAUCACUGAAUGAUCAAGAUCCUACGUUCCCCGAACAGGUCCACAUAUCACUGGUUGGGCCGGACAAAAUGAGAAUAUCAUGGAUCACAGAGGACGAGACCCCCGCUGUUGUGGUCUACGGCACAACCUCAGGGAAAUACGAAGCUUCUGCCACCGGAACGACGUCGUCGUACAAAUACACUUGGUUUUAUAAAUCGGGUCAAAUCCACAAUGCUGUGAUAGGCCCAUUAGAGCCCAAUAAGGUUUACUAUUACAAAUGUGGAGGCCCAGAUUCGGCCCAAGAGUUCAGCCUUAAGACCCCUCCCUCCAACCUCCCCAUCAAGUUCGCUGUCUCAGGUGACUUGGGGCAAACGGAGUGGACGAUGACAACGUUGGACCACAUAUCGAAAUCGAACUAUGAUGUGUUCAUAUUGCCCGGAGAUUUAGCGUACGCUGACUUCCGCCAGCCGUUAUGGGACUCGUUCGGUCGUCUGGUGCAGCCACUGGCUAGCCAACGGCCCUGGAUGGUCACUCAGGGCAACCACGAGGUCGAGAAACUUCCCAUUGUCCACAACGAGCCUUUCACCGCUUACAACGCCAGGUGGAUCAUGCCCUACGAAGAGAGCGGAUCGACCUCGAACUUGUACUAUUCCUUCAAUGUGGCCGGGGUCCAUGUGAUAAUGUUGGGUUCAUACACCGAUUUCGGACCGACAUCGGAUCAAUACAAAUGGUUAGAGAACGAUAUCAAGAAAAUCGAUAGAAAGAUCACGCCGUGGGUGGUGGCCGUGGUGCACGCACCUUGGUACAGUUCCAACAAGGCACAUCUAGGAGAAGACGAGAGCGUUAAGAUGAAAGAAGACAUGGAAACAAUGCUGUACCAAGCUCGUGUAGAUUUGGUCUUCGCAGGACAUGUCCAUGCCUACGAACGUUUCAGCCGGGUGUAUCAAGAUAAGUUCGACAAAUGCGGUCCGAUGUAUAUUACCAUAGGGGACGGUGGAAAUCUCGAAGGCCUAGCUAGCAAGUACAUAGAUCCGAAACCGGAGAUAUCGUUGUUCAGAGAGGCUAGCUUCGGACACGGUCAGCUCGAGUUCGUGAACGGAACUCAUGCCGUAUGGAAAUGGCAAAGGAACGACGACGAUAUAUCGGUUCAAGGCGACUCGGUUUGGUUAAUCAACCUCGCAUCAGACCCGGCUUGUUCAGCUUAAACCGGACCGGUCUGGAUUCACAUGAGAAAUUAAUUAUUGUUCUAAUAAUCUUUAGCUGCAUAGUUUGUUUUGCAAAUAAUUAAGUGUAAUCUUAAUUAAGCAUUGAAAUAAUUAGAUGUUGCACAUCUGUUGUUAAGUUGUAUGCAUUAGUGUAAUCUCUCUCUCUCUCUCUUUCUAAAACACCCUUAAUCCG